CGCGCGCGCAGGUCCGCGGGGAGGGGCAGUCUGCCCAAGGGUCCACCCCGGGGCGUUCCUGAACCGCUCCCUCGGCUGCCCGCGUUACGCCCCAGAUGUACUAUGCGGUUUCCCAGGCGCGCGUGAACGCGGCCCCCGCGACCAUGCUGCGGCCACAGCGUCCAGGAGACCUGCAGCUCGGAGCCUCCCUGUACGAGCUGGUGGGCUACCGGCAGCAUCCCUCCUCCUCCUCCUCCUCCUCCUCUUCUUCGUCCGCCUCCUCCACAACGGCCCCUCUGCUCCCCAAGACGGCUCGCGAGAAGCCCGAGACGCCCGCCGAACCUCCGGGCUCCGGAGCGGGGCCGGGAGCGCCCGCCGGCGGCGGCUCGCGGGCGGACCCCAAGGAGGAGCAACAGCAGCAGCUGCGGCGCAAGAUCAACAGCCGCGAGCGGAAGCGCAUGCAGGACCUCAACCUGGCCAUGGACGCGCUGCGCGAGGUCAUCCUGCCCUACUCGGCGGCGCACUGCCAGGGCGCGCCGGGCCGCAAGCUCUCCAAGAUCGCCACGCUGCUGCUCGCCCGCAACUACAUCCUGCUGCUGGGCAGCUCGCUGCAGGAGCUGCGCCGCGCGCUGGGCGAGGGCGCCGGGCCGGCCGCACCGCGCCUGCUGCUGGCUGGCCUGCCCCUGCUCGCCGCCGCGCCGGGGUCCGUGCUGCUGGCGCCCGGCGCCGUGGGGCCGCCUGAGGCGCUGCGCCCAGCCAAGUACCUGUCGGUGGCGCUGGAGGAGCCGCCGUGCGGCCAGUUCGCGCUCCCCGGAGGCGCCGCGGGCGGCCCUGGCCUCUGCACCUGUGCGGUUUGCAAGUUCCCGCACCUAGUCCCGGCCGGCCUGGGCCUGGCAGCAGUGCCGGCGCAGUUCUCCAAGUGAGCGCCCUCCGGACCUGCGGCGCGACCUCGGCACGGCCUCCCGCCGCCCGGCUCCUGCGCGCCCCCGCGCCCUGCGCCCAGGACUGCAGGGCCAGCGAGGAGCGCCUUCGGAACCGGCUCUCCCAGAGGAGGGGCCUGUCGGGCUCCCCCUUGCUGCUCCCACCCCCGGGAAAUUAAAGUGACCCGAGCGGAUGUUCGACGGAGCGUCUGCGCUGUGGGGGUCCCGGGUCGAUUCCAGCUGCUUUGGGCGGCGACAGUACAAGCCUCCCUCACUCUCACCCUCUUCCCCGGAGCUGUGCGCUCCGCGUGGGUGGUGCAGCUUUUAGGGCGCCGCGCUAGCCCCGGGUGCGGCGGGAGGCCAGCUCCAAGUGCCACAGCUCACAGAGGCGACACCUGCCGAGCCAGUGGACCAAAGGGCUGCGCUCCAAGAGGGGGAGGGGUUCUUCCCGUGUUUCCCCCGCCCCGCCGUGAUCUCCGUGCUAGAGGUCACAGGCAUCCCGGCUCCCACCAGCCAAACCCUGUCCAAGGAGGCUGCCCGACCUCAGCAGGCGGAGAAAGACCAGGUAGUCGGUGCAGUGUCCGGGCCAAGCAGCCGCACCAGCCCUCUGCGCCCGAUGGGAGCCGGCGGCGACACCCCAGGGUCGCGCGCUGGGGUGCUGGUUUGGGAAGCGGGUCCGCUUUGGUGCCCGGUUGUCCGAGUGCAGUUUUUGAGGAUCACAGACUUCGGUGCGGCGUUGCAGAGCUGAUUCGCUCCGAAGCCCUGGGGUCUCCCUCGAAGGACAGGGUAGAACUCCGGACUCCCCGUUGUGUCUCCCUGGCCCCCAGAGUAGCGCGGCCAACCUUGGAGCCUGCGUCAAAACAAAAUCCGGCCUCCGGCGGAGCACUCGGCGGCCGGGCUCACCGGAAUAGGCGCGGGGGGCGUUCCCAGCAGCCGGCAGACCCGUCGGGAAGCACCGUCGCCAGUUAACGUUCUCUCUUAUUAAAGGAUGAGGAGGGGGACCGGAGCCCCAAGCUGCCCUGGGCUCGGGGGUCCCCGCUGCGGUGGCGACGGCGGGAUGGAGUUUCCUGCGCUGAACUUUUGCCCUGCGGGGGUCUCCUGGCCCCCACAGCUGAAGCCCCAAGUAGGAGAUGGGUCGCCGUGUGUCCCAAGCAUCAAGGAAUCACUUUGCCCACGAUUAUUUGACCCUCUGCAAGCUGUUUUGCUUUGAACUUCAUGUUUAAGGUGUCUGGUUGUUGGCCAUAGCCAAAUGUACCUGGCAUUUUGUUUUAUCUCUAACCGUGUUUCCGUGCACUGCGAGGACGGGAGGAAAUAAAACACUGACAGACCUUC